UUCAGAAACUCUUGUUUAUAGAUUUAAAAUUUUUCUCUCUUCCCUUUUCUCUUUGCAAAUUUUCAGGCAGUCCAAACAAGCCCCACCUUACAGUCUUAGAAAUACAGAUUAGCCAGGGGACACCAUCAUCAUUACUUGCUUUGAAAAACCGCCUAUAAAUUGCUGACACAUGAUACAAGCAACUGAGAUUCCAUUCCCCACCACACCUUCCUUCUUUUUAUUCCAAAAGAAAAAUUCUAUCAAAGUAAGUCAUAUCUGUAUGUCUGUAUAUGUAUGAUACAAUCCUACAUGUCUGCAUAUUCAUUUGUAAGAUGGAAGGAAUCGUAGUUAGAAGAGUUAUUCCCUCAGACAACAGUUGCCUUUUCAAUGCUGUUGGGUAUGUCAUGGAGCAUGACAAAAAUAAAGCUGCAUAUUUGAGACAGGUUAUAGCUGCAAUAGUGCAAAGCGAUGCAACAAAGUAUUCUGAAGCAUUUCUUGAAAAGCCAAAUGAGGAAUAUUGUGCUUGGAUUCUCAACCCUGAGAAAUGGGGAGGUGCGAUUGAGCUUUCAAUAUUAGCAGAUUAUUAUGGCCGGGAAAUUGCAGCAUACGAUAUCCAAACUGGCCGAUGUGAUGUGUAUGGUCAGGAGGCAGGUUAUGAUGAAAGGGUUAUGCUGAUCUAUGAUGGACUGCACUAUGAUGCCUUGGCUAUGUCUCCAUUUGAUGGUGCUCCAGAAGAGUUUGAUCAGACUGUAUUUACAGUACAAACAGACAGGGCCAUUGGUCCAAUCGAGGAACUUGCCCUUAACCUUGUUAAGGAACAACAAAGGAAAAGGAGAUUUACCGACACAACCAACUUCACAUUGCGGUGUGGUGUAUGCCAAAUUGGAGUCAUUGGCCAGAAGGAGGCUAUGGAGCAUGCCCGAGCAACAGGUCAUGUCAACUUUCAAGAAUACAGAUGAUAGAAAUUAUGAGAAACAGAGAAAAACAUGCAUAUUUUCUUUCAGCGAACUCCAAACUCCAUGAGCCACAGUUGAUUGGAUUCUGUAAUGUAGUUGAUGAAGCAUUUAAUUGGAUUAUUUAAAACCAAUAAGUGCUUCAAUUUACCUGGUGGGAAACUGUUUUUGUACAAUUUUUAUGUUGUGCCAAAUGAAAAGAUCCUUCCGAUUGUGUUGAAGUGUUGUAUGUGAGAUUGAUGGUUGCUUUGAAUUGGGUUUACCCUAAGACAUCGUUUUCAGGCAAACAGCUAUCGUGGCCACUUGGGCAGUUUGAUUGAUUAUUGGUACAGAAUAUUAUAUAUUACAUAUCUGGGUCACCGCCUGAAGCUUUA